AUGUCUAAUGUCAUAUUCUACGGUGCUCUUUUUUUUAUCAUAUUAUUGAUUCUCAGUUACAUUCGAGCUUGGCUCUUUCUCAGAGGCUUCCAAGAUCCAAGGCUUGCGUGUUUCUCAGAGCUGUGGCUCGCCAAGACAGCCCUUUCUGGCCGCUUUCACGAGAUCUUGUUGGAAGCGAGCCCUUUGGUCCGAAUUGCGCCAACUACGCUUCUCACGGACGACCCGGACAUCAUCCAUCACAUGAACAGCGCCCGCAGCAAACAUGCCAAAACCGAAUGGUAUACCUUCAUGAGACUCAACCGUACAUUGAAAAUAUAUUCUCUGAGCGAGACCUUGCAAGGCAUGACCAAUGCGAGCGAUUAUGGGUCCAGCGGUGUGACCCCUUCUUCCGCUAAGUAUACCACGAAGAACAAUGCCAUUCUCGAAGGGAAGAUCACAAGAAGCAUUCAGACUUUCCUGCGCUACAUCGAUGAGCGCAUAGUCCUGGGGGAUGGCAAGUGCACCAUGGACUUUAGUAGGGCCUGUCAAUUCUUUACUCUCGAUGUCAUCACCGACAUGGCCUUUGGGGAGCCCUUUGGAUACCUCGCCACCGACCAGGACUUGCAUGACUAUCAUACCACCUUCGCUGCAGAAGCACCCUUGAUAUCAGUCAUCAACUCCAUGCCGACGCUAUGUCGGUUCAUGAAUCGUGACUUGGUCAAGAAGCUAUGGGGUCCGAGCACUAGCGUUGAGAAGGGCAUUGGGAAGCUUAUGGCGAUAUGCUUGGGUCAUGGCAUGUCUGUUGCACAAGCCGAAGCUGAAAUCUUGACUCAGCUGUCUGCCGGGACUGACUCCAACUCUGCGGCACUUCGAGGCACAUUCCUUCAUAUUUUCACAUCACCACCAGUAUACAAUAAACUCCACGCUGAGAUUGACGAAGCCAUUAGCAACGGUAGGAUCUCUCCGCAGGCGACAGCCGCAGAGGUGGCGGCACUGCCAUACCUCGAUGCCUGCAUUCGUGAAGGAAUGCGCAUCUGGCCUCCAUUUGCAGGGCUAAACAUCAAGCAAGUCAACAAAGGCGGAGAGGUCAUCAAGGGUCGGUUUGUCCCGCGUAAUCCGGUAUUUGGCAAGGAUGUUGAAACCUUCCGGCCGGAGCGUUGGCUGGAGGCAACUCCUGACCAGAGGGCUCAAAUGGAGAAGGUCCAUGACCUUGUCUUUGGGUACGGGAGAUGGCUAUGUCUGGGGCGACAGAUGGUCAUUAUGGCAAUGAAACAGGUUAUUGUCGAGCUCCUGCGCCACUUUGACUUUUCUAUCUAUAGCCCUACUAAUCCUUGGACUGUCAAGAGUUAUGUGUUUAUGUUAAUUCAGGAUAUGAAAGUGACGAUUACACGCCGUGCGUGA